AUGACGAACUUUCAAUUUCAUACAACAUUAUUAUUGUUGUGCGUUUCGAGUUGCGUGUAUCUCGAUAUUUUACCAGUGGAAGCUGAAUCCAUUUUAAUAAGACCGUAUUACGUGUACGAAAAUUUGAUCAAAGGAGUUCACGAUUACUUUAACAACACUUGCAUCAUACUUUUCCAUGGCUCUUCAAAAUUAAUAGAAGAGGAGGGUUUGCAAGAAAUGGACGGACUUUUGACGCUUCAAACGCAAUUUAGCAAAUAUUUGCACAUUCGAACUGUGAUUAUGGAUUUUCAUAUGUUCAAGAAUCGAGUAGAGAAAACUUAUCAUCACAUCAAGAGGCCGUUGUUCGUGUUGUUGAACGAUUUCAAAGAGAUCAGGGAGCAAUUCGUUUCGGUGUCCAAGUGGAUUACGAUGGCUUAUCCGACAUGGUUGUUGUUCCUAAGGGAUGAGACUAGAUUCGAAGAGUUUUUGUCAGACGUUUACAUACCUUUCGAUUGUGUUUUUAUGGUGGCUCAAAGAGAUUCGCAGGGAACCGAGAUAAUUCAAGACGUGUAUCGAAUUGGAAAGGAGGAUUAUCUGAGAUCAAUGAUGUUCGGUAUGUGGAAUUCGAGUCAUGGAUUCCAAGGACCUCUUCUCGGAUUGUAUCAACGCAGGCACGAUCUACACGGGCAUAACAUAAGGGUGGUUGCCAUUAACGAUCCUCCUAUCUCACGGAUUUCCCACGAUGAGACUGGCCAGCCAUUCAUCACUGGUUUCUUCGGCGAGGUUAUUCAACUACUGCAACAAGGAAUGAAUUGCACGUUUUCGUACAAGGAAGCUGAGACGUGGGGCGUCCAAUUGUUGAACGGUUCGUGGACAGGUUCGAUUCGGAUGUUGUUAGAGGAUGAGGCGGAUCUGAUCGCCACCGAGAUGAUGAUGUCUUCCAACAGGUUGGACGUAUUGAAAUUUACGACUCCCAUUUACACGAGCAAAUGUCGCGUAUACAUCAGGAGACCGGACACGACAGCGGUGAAGUGGAACGCAUAUUUGGCGCCGUUCGCGUGGAACAUUUGGAACGCGAUAGCAUUGACUAUUGUGAUCGUGACUUUAACUAUCGCAGGAAUCGACGCCUUCUCGAGACGAAUCGAGUGGCUCUCCUCGAUCGAUGGCAGGCCUUAUCCCUCCAACCAUUUAUUCGAGAUCCUGUUCCACGUGUUCGGCGUGUUCUGCGGACAAGGUAUGGAUCAGUCUUUAUUGGAUCCAACGAGGAUGGUGCAUCUGAGCGUCCAUUUGACGGCGGUGGUAGUGAUCGCUGCAUACUCGGCAGCUUUGAUCAGUUACCUGGCCAUCAAAACGUUCGCGAUGCCGUUCACAACGAUGAAGGGUUUACUCGAGGAUGGCAGCUAUCGGUUCGCGGUGGUUGCCAAUUCGGCCGAAUACACUUUCUUUCAGAACACGAGCGAUACCGUGCUCACGAUCAUGUUCAACGAGCUAUUGACAAGAGAGACCGAUCUGCCUGUGAAUUAUAUCGAUGGUUUGAAACGCGUUUGCCGGGAGAAGAAUUAUGCGUUCAUGACGUUGGACAAUAUGGCUUCCCUGUUGCAAGGAAAAGUGGACUGCGUGCUUGAACCUUUGGACUCGAUUAUGCAAGUGACCAUAGCCAUGGCGGUCCCGUUUCAAAGUCCUUACCGUGGCAUUAUCGAUACCAAUAUUCUUUUACUGCGGGACAGCGGAAUUCUUCAACGGCUCCUCAAGAUCGAAUGGUCGAACGAGAUACGACGGACAAAAAAAGGAUGGAGCUCGGUAGAAUUGGAAGACGCGGCACCGUUGCUCCUUUUUCUGAUAGCCGUCUAUUCCAUUGUUUGCCUGUUGUUGUUGGUCGAACGAUUGAUCGGUCGAAAUCGAGAACGACGAUCCAAGACGAAUUAGUCGCGCACUUGUCGAGUUGAAUCGUUCGCGCGAGUCGUAAUAUAUAAACAAACGAUCGAGCUGGCACGCGUCCGGACGAGCAAGAGACGACAGUUGUUCACGCUUUCUUGUAGCGAUCACGUAAAAUCAAACUCACGUGGAAACGAA